CUUCAGCUGGAAAAUCCUUAACCAAGUUGAUCACAAGGACAUCCUUAUCCUAGAAGUCAUUCAAAGCCAAGCUGGGGCCACCAGAUCAAGCAGCCAGAAAAGAGAGAGAGGGUUCCUUGGGUGACUUCCAGGAAAAUGCCAACCCAAGAAAUCUAUCAGAAAUUAUGAUAUUGACCCAGCAGGCCUGUUCCCAAGAUAAGGUGAUCCACAUGGUGCCUUGGAAACAGUAUAAAAUAGUUUGAAGGUCCCCUUAGGGGACUUUGCAGGAGAUAGCCAUAAAUCUCCAAAUCCAGGACCGAGUUGGCCACAAUGAAGAAUUGUUUCAUCAUCAUCUUCCUCCUGUCGUGUAGCAUCUCCCUCCAUGCAGAGAAUUCUCGGACUUCCUCCUUUUCUGGCGAGUAUGGGGGAACAGGUGGAAACCGCUUUUCUCAUUCUGGAAACCAACUCGAGGGGCCCUUGACGGCCUUAAGGAUCCGGGUUAAUCGUAAUUACAUUGUGGGCUUGCAGGUCCGUUACGGAAAGGAGUGGAGUAACUACGUCGGUGGCACUAACGGAGAUUUGGAGGAAAUCUUCUUGUUCCAAAGGGAGUCCAUCAUCCAAGUAUCUGGGAAAUACACUGAUUAUCUUCGCAAACUGGUCUUUGUCACUGACGAGGGGCGCUACUUUUCUUUCGGCAAGGACUAUGGCAUCAGUUUCAGUGGGGCACCACUCUUCCCAAACACCGUCCUGCGUUACAUCAGUGGCCGUUCCAGCAGUUCCGUCAUUAAUGCCAUUGGAUUCCACUGGGAUAAAUAUGCUGCUGGUUGCAGCUAUUGUAAUGAGGCGAUACAGGAACAAGAUAACAAAGAAAGAGUAGAGUAGAAGGCAGCAGAAAGUCUUUUCUGCUAUCAGUGAGAUUAGGGUAGUAAAUUCCUUCAGCAUCCAACUCUACUAGUCUCCACUGCCCUGUUGCCAAUCAUCUGUCUCUUUACAGAUACAUACUAAACCAAUAAACCAUUGCAAACCCAAACAA